AUGGAGGGUAAAGCCCUCACUUGGUUUCAAGAUUUGGAGGCUUCAGGUGGGAUCACUAGUUGGGAUGGCUUCUCUCAAUCCUUACUCACCAGAUUUGGUCCUUCCCUUUUGGAUGAUCCAAUGGAGGCCCUUACACGGCUCCGACAAACUACAACCGUGGAGGCUUACAAGUCACAAUUUGAGGUCUUAUCUAAUCGGCUUAAAGGGUUGGCAGAACCAUAUAAGCUCAGUUGUUUUUUGAGCGGCUUACGGGAGGAUAUUCGGUUCAUGGUUCGUAUGCUAAAUCCCUCUAACCUCACAAUGGCUUUUGGUAUGGCAAAAAUGCAGGAGGAAAAUGUUGCCGCCUUCCGGCGGGGUUCAAAGGUGAGCUCUCUUCCCACACGCCCAUUUAUUACCAACACCACUUCAGAUACAAAGGCUAUUGUUCCGGUCCAACGUUUGUCCCCAUUACAAAUGAAGGAGCGAUGGGCAAAAGGACUUUGUUACAAUUGUGAUGACAAAUGGGGGCCGGGCCAUAAAUGCAAAUCAGCCCGUUUGUUUAUCAUGGAAUGGGCUGACUCAGAGGAGGACGAGCCACGACCCGUGCAGCAACCACCACUUCUAGAAGGAGUAGAAGUUCCCUUGAGUGGGGUAGAAGUUGAUACAGAACCCGCUCCUGAGAUUUCUAUCCAUGCUCUGGCCGGUUCCCUAAGUCCAAAAACCAUGCGCAUUCUGGGCCAUAUCAACGGUUGUGUAGUAGUGAUUCUCAUUGAUACCGGGAGUACACAUAAUUUUCUGGACCCCUCCAUUCAACACCGGGCGCAUCUGCAGUCACAAUCCACAGCAGGACUCUUGGUUAGAGUGGCAAAUGGUGACACUUUAUUCAGUACGGGCAAAUGUGAGGAUCUUCAAUUUCAAAUGCAGGGAAACACUUUUCGUGCAGAUUUUUAUGUUUUAACUUUGGGUGUUUGUGAUAUUGUGUUAGGAGUUCAAUGGCUCUGUACCUUGGGGCCUAUUUUAUGGGAUUUUGUCCUGUUACGUAUGGAAUUCACUCUCUUGAAUAUUAAGCAUGUUUUACAGGGCAUUACACCAACCGAGGUAUCCAUGAUGGAUGGGGCACAGUUUGGUAAGGCUAUGAAACAAGACAAGCGGGGUUUGGAAGUUUUUCAUGAACCUACGGGACUUCCACCAAACCGUGAUCACAACCACAAUAUUGUCCUUCAUCCUCAUUCCAAACCCGUUUGUGUUGGUCCAUAUCGGUAUCCUUAUUUUCAAAAAACUGAAAUUGAAAAACUUGUUAAUGACAUGCUUGCCUCAGGUAUUAUUCGUCCUAGCCAUAGUCCUUUUUCUUCUCCGGUUCUUUUAGUACGUAAACAAGAUGGUAGUUGGCGUCUUUGUGUUGACUAUCGUGCUUUAAAUAAAGAAACCAUUAAGGCCAAAUUUCCUAUUCCUAUUGUUGAUGAACUCCUAGAUGAAUUGCAUGGGGCAACUAUUUUUAGCAAGUUGGAUUUACGUUCCGGGUAUCAUCAAAUUCGAGUUAAUCCUAAUGAUGUCCCAAAAACGGCAUUUCGUACACAUGAAGGACAUUACGAAUUUCUCGUAAUGCCCUUUGGCUUGACAAAUGCCCCGGCUACUUUUCAAUCUCUCAUGAAUCAUAUUUUUAAACCUUUCUUGAGAAAAUUCAUCUUAGUUUUCUUUGAUGACAUUCUUAUCUAUAGCACCAACUUGGAAGAACAUCGACACCAUUUAGCCAAGGUGCUGGAGAUUUUACACCAACAUCAUCUUUUUGCAAACAAAUCCAAGUGUGCUUUAGGGUGUCUUGAGAUUGAAUAUCUGGGUCACUUAAUCUCAAAAGAUGGAGUCCGAGCUGACCUUAAAAAAAUUGAAUCCAUGUUAAACUGGCCUUUUCCUUCAACUCUUAAGUCCUUAAGGGGUUUCUUAGGUCUUACGGGUUAUUAUAGGAAAUUCAUAAAAGGAUAUGGAUCUAUUGCUGCCCCCUUGACUUCUCUACUUAGAAAAAAUUCCUUUGAUUGGAAUCUUGCUGCCAAAGAUGCUUUCACUGCCCUUAAAGAAGCUAUGACUAAACCCCCUAUUUUAAUUCUUCCUGAUUUCACUAAACCCUUUACUAUUCAGUGUGAUGCUUCUGGUUAUGGUAUAGGUACUGUAUUAAUGCAACAGGACAGGCCCAUUGCCUUUAUGAGUCGGGCCAUUCAUGGAAAAGCCUUGCACCUCUCUACAUAUGAAAAGGAGUUGUUGGCUUUAGUUCUAGCAGUGAAGAAAUGGCGGUCUUAUGUGUUGGGGCAGACUUUUCGAAUACAUACAGACCAUCAAAGCCUCAAGUACUUACUUGAGCAGAAGGUGGGUAUUCCAAUGCAACAGAAAUGGCUUACUAAGUUGUUGGGAUUUAAUUUUGUUGUUGAAUACCGAAAGGGGAAAGACAAUUUGGUGGCAGAUGCUCUAUCCAGGAAAUUUGAAGAUGCACCUAGCCAGUUGGCUGCCUUUUUACGGAUACCCUUCGCCACCAUUGUUGGCUCAUUCGCCGGGGACAACGGCGGUUCAGUCUGUGGAAGACACACUGCAGCGUCGGGACGAGAUUUUACGCCUCUUGCGGGGGAACCUACACCUGUCACAAGAAAGGAUGAAUUCCUAGAGAGGAUUGAGAGUGUCACUUACCGAUUGGAUCUUCCAUCAACCUCUCUCCUACAUCCCGUAUUUCAUGUAUCGUGUUUGAAACGGAAGCUGGGCGCUCGGAAUGUGCUGGUCUCUACCAUUCCUCCUGUGGCUGUUGAUGGUGGGCCGCAAGCUGAGCCUGAAGAAAUUUUGCAGCGGCGCAUGAAGAAGAAGCAAGGGCGAGCUGUGAGUGAACUGCUUGUCAAAUGGAAAGGACUAGGGCUCGAUGAUGCCUCCUGGGUGGACUUCCAACAGCUGCAAAAAGACUUCCCUGACCUUGAGGGCAAGGUCUUCUGA